UCAUAAUAUUAAUACUUCCAGAAUCUGUACUUCAACCACCACUCACAUGCUACCAACUAAAGAGAGAAAAAAACACAAGUUUGUUAGACCCACUCACUCACACGUUUGGUGAAUUUUCCUCACCACAUCCACAUUGAAGCAGACACAGAUCUGUCUUUGAGUUUCUGUUUAUUCUGAAACAGUAACAAUGGCUAAAAGUUUCACACUGUGCUGUCUUUUCUUCAUCCUUUCCUUCCUUCUUGGUCUUGGUGCUUCUACCAGUGCUACUCAAAUCAAAAUUACUGAUAACCCUGCGGACAAGUUAGUAGCUGCUAUCAACGAAAAUAGAACUGCUCACAAGGAUUCAUCUCUAUUUGACAAUCCCGGGCUCGCAUGUCUCGCUCUGCAGUACAUUAAGGCAUACCAGGGUGAUUGUGGUGCUGUGGGUGGAUCUGAUGCCAAGAAGCCCCCUGAAUCUCAAUUUGCUGAAGCUUUUGCCCCAAACUGUGGUGUUAAGGCAUCAACUCUUGCUCGUAUAACUGGUCGUUUCUUGGGGUGCCAGACUAAGUAUGUCCAUGCACCUGAGGCGUUUUCUGAAAUCCUGAUAAGAAACGAGAAGAGCUUAGACAUACUCUACAGUAAGAAUCACACUCAGGUCGGUGCUGCUGUAACCGGUACUGAUGGAGGGUCUCCUUAUUUCUGGUGUGUGUUGUUUAGCAAUGGCAAACCUAACAGCACCUUUGCUUUUGAGGGUGGUGUGGCUAAAGAUACAAAACCAGGUUGCUAUAGUGGAGCUAAUGAUGUGUGCAGUGGUGCUCAUGUUUGGUCACCAGUCAGUUUGAUGUGGCUAUUUGUUGCUUCAGUUUCAAUUGCAAUGGGGUUUGCAUUUCCAUUGUGAUCAUGAAUUGUAUGAAUUUUCACUUGAUUUAGGGGCCUUCAUUUUGUCCCUACAGAGGAUUGGUCUCAGCUAUUCUUUUCUUCUUAUUUUCCUUCAUUUUGAUUUUUUUAUUUGUUGAGAGGUUCAUGCCAAUUGUCUUCCUAUUUUUAAUGCCUACAUAUGAAACAUGUGAUAUUGGCUCUUGUAAAUUUCUUAUCUAGGAAUACAAGUUUUGCUUUGAUUGUUAUA